AUAUUUCCACCAUUUUCAGUCUGUUCUAGAUUUGUGCAAGAGCAAGCACGCAUAAGAAAUGACCCAAGUUUUUCAUUUCUUUCAGCAACUCAGUUCAAGUUUGAUAAACAAGUUAAAAGCAGCACUCGCCCAAUGAUAUCCGUGAAAAAGACUGAAAUUGCUGUAGACACUGAGUUAAAAGAGGUAUGUGAAGAGCCAGACAAACAAUGUCCGUUGCAUAACAAGCCACACCCCCUCAGAAGAUGUCGCACUUUUCUCACCAAGCCUCUUGAUGAGAGAAAGGCGUACCUGAAAGAGAAAGGCAUAUGCUUCAGGUGCUGUGCGUCAACCAAACACCAAGCGAAAGACUGUACUAUUAAAGUCACAUGCAAAGAAUGUCAGAGUGAAAGACACAAUACAGCUCUUCAUCCAGGUCCUCCUUCAACCGACAUCAAACCGUCUUCAGAGGCGCGUCAGCACGGCGGGGAGACCGAGUCAAGUCUACAACCCGUUUCCGCUACCACAAUGUGCACCGAGGCCUCCCCUUCCUGAGAGCUCUAUGGAGAAGAUGAAGCGCUUCAAGAGGCGGCUCUCGCAGACAUUACGAGGGAGUCACACCAUCGACGAGUCGCUUUCGGAGCUGGCUGAACAAAUGACUAUCGAGGAAAAUGGUCUUAAGGACAGUGAGCCAGCCAUGAAAAAUGGUCGCCCUCCGUCAUCCCACAGCGUCCACUCCUUUCUGCACCAGUACACGGGCUCCUUUAAGAAGCCGCCACUGCGACGGCCUCAGAGCGUCAUCGGCGGAGGCCUGGGCUCACUCAUGGUGGUGCCUCGCAACGGCAGUCGCCUCGAUAUUGUACAUGAGAACCUGAAGAUGGGGUCUGAUGGGGAGAGUGACCAAGCUUCUGGCACAUCCUCAGAUGAAGUGCAGUCGCCCUCAGGUGUCUGCCUAAGAAACCGAGGCAACCGACGCAUCUCUGCAGAGGACCUGAACAAGCGUCUGUCCCUGCCCGCCGAUAUCCGGAUACCUGACGGCUAUUUGGAGAAGUUACAGCUGAGCAGCCCGCCCUUUGAUCAGCCGCUCAGCCGACGGUCCCGCAGGGCCUCUCUGUCGGAGAUUGGAUUCGGGAAACUGGAGACCUACAUAAAAUUGGACAAACUGGGAGAGGGCACUUACGCUACAGUCUUCAAGGGGCGAAGCAAGCUGACGGACAACCUGGUGGCGCUAAAGGAGAUCAGGUUGGAGCAUGAGGAGGGGGCGCCAUGCACAGCUAUCCGAGAAGUGUCACUACUAAAGGACCUGAAGCACGCCAACAUUGUGACGCUCCACGAUAUCGUGCAUACCGAAAAGUCACUCACACUGGUCUUUGAGUACCUGGACAAAGACCUCAAGCAGUACAUGGACGACUGUGGAAACAUCCUAAGCAUGCAAAAUGUCAAGAUUUUUCUCUUCCAAAUCCUGCGAGGCUUAGCAUACUGUCAUCGGCGAAAAGUUCUCCACCGAGAUUUGAAGCCCCAAAAUUUGCUCAUUAAUGACAGGGGGGAACUUAAACUGGCCGACUUCGGUCUCGCCAGAGCCAAGUCGGUGCCAACUAAAACUUACUCCAACGAGGUGGUUACUUUGUGGUACCGGCCGCCUGACGUGUUGCUGGGUUCUUCUGAGUACUCCACACAGAUUGACAUGUGGGGCGUGGGCUGCAUUUUCUAUGAGAUGGCUGCAGGCAGGCCCCUGUUCCCCGGAUCCACGGUGGAGGACGAGCUGCACCUCAUCUUCAGGCUGCUGGGCACUCCCACAGAGGACAGCUGGCCUGGAAUCUCUUCUGUGGAGGAGUUCAAGUCCCACAAAUUCCCAAAGUACAAGACCCAGCCACUCAUCAACCACGCACCCAGACUGGACAUGGAUGGCGUCGACCUGCUGAUGUCCUUCCUCAAAUACGAGUCGAAAAAGAGGCUGUCUGCAGACGAAGCCACGAGGCAGCCAUACUUCGGGAGCCUGGGGCCUCGCAUACGCACGUUGCCAGAGAACGUCUCCAUAUUCACGUUGAAGGAGGUCCAGCUGCAAAGAGACCCCGGCUGCAGGAGCACCUCGUACUCUGAGUCAGGUAACGGGAAGAACCGAAGACAAAGCAUGCUGUUUUAGGACUGUAUUUUUCUUAGUUAUUUGGAAAGAAUCUCAUGAGUUGUACAGUCUCACUGCUGGAUUGCGGUGGAGCAUCAUCUUCUUCUUCGUCUUCAUCACCACCAGCAGGUCCUCCAAACCACUCUGGGUGCUUGUUCAGAGUGUGACUCCCAUCAACCCAACCUUAUUAUUCAAGGUUUGGCCUAAAUGUGGCCCAACAGAGAUUUAUAUUCUAUAUUUAUUAAGAGAGAGAGAGAGAGAGACAGAAAGUGCUGCUAAAAUCCGACUACUGUUUAGAAUUCUAACUGGCUCCGUCACUUUAAAAACAAAACAAAAAAACAUGCAAUGUGUAUAGAUUUUUAAUUUUUUUGAAGUGGUAACCAUUUUGUUGUGAUUUUCUUCAUUUUUCAUUCAUAGAAUUCAACCUUAAAAAAAAAAACCUUUUCAUUGCUUCUUGAAAUGGUUUGGGUCUUUUUUUUUUUUUUUUUAACCUCCUCCUCCCUAGGCCGUGUUGACUGGUGAAAACUUGCUGGCAUAUCAUUCCUCUCAGGUAAAACGUGCAGGGUAUUAAAACAAAGGUACACCUCCCACCAUUUUUUAAUAUUGUAUGUAGCUUCAACUAUUUAAAAAGCCCACUUGUCUUCUCCUCUGUUACAAGGCCAAGUUGAAGUCCCCGCCAUUUCUGUUUACACCACUGAAAAUAAUUGGGAGUGAAACUUCAAUAACAAUAUAACUAAAAAGACACAAAUGGAGUAGCACAACUGAGCAUUAAUUGCUUUGAAUCCAAUUCAAUCCAGCUCCAUUUACUGGUAUACUAUUUGUCCUGAACUCUAGUACACCCAAUAGGUCUACUUACAGUGAGGAAAAUAAGUAUUUGAACACUGCGAUUUUUCAAGUUCUCCAGUUUAGAAAUGAUAGGUUUGAAAUUUUCAAGGUAGGUGGUUAUCCACUGUGAGGGACAAUCUUUAAAAAAAAAAAAAAGUCCUGAAAUCACAGUGUCGAUACUUCUGCAAAUAGGUAUUUGAACAUCUGUCUAUUAGCUAAAGUUGUUAGUCGCCUUUAAAAAGUCCACCUCCAAGCCACUUUUUCUCCUAAAUAGGUGGAGUGGAGCUGGACUUUUGACUUUUUGAUCUGUUUGAUCUACAAGGCUGGAAAGAGUUACGGUGCAAUUGCCAAGCAGCUUGGUGGUAUAAGAUCCACCGUUGGAGCAAUGAUAAGAAAAAUGGAAGACGCUAAACUUGACUGUCAAUCUCCCUUGGACUGGGGCUCCAGGCAAGAUCUACCUCUUAAGGUCUCAAUGAUCCUAAGAAUGGUGAAAAAUAAGCCAAGAACUUCACAGAGGAGCUGGUCAAUGACCUGAAAGGAGCUGGGACCACAAUUUCCAUGGGUACCGUUGGUAAUACACUAAUACGUUAUGGUUUAAAAUCAAGCAAGGCACGGAAAUUUCCCCUGCUUAAACCAGCACAUGUCCAGGCCUGUUUUAAGUUUGCCAAUGACCAUUUGGAUGAUCCAGAGAAGUCAUGGGAGAAAGUCAUGUGGUUGCAUGAGAUCAACUUUUUGGUUCCACUCAUUGUGUUUGGAGGAAGAAUGAUGAGUACCUUCCCAAGAACACUAUCCCUACUGUGAAGCAUGGGGGUGGUAGCAUCAUGCUUUGGGGGUGUUUUUCUGCACAUGGAGCUGGACGACUGCAGUGUAUUAAGAAGAGGAUGAUCAGGGCCAUGUAUUGUGAGAUUUUGGGGAAUAACCUUCCCUCAGUUAGAGCAUUGAAAAUGGGUCAUGACUGGGUCUUCAAAUAUGACAAUGGCCCUAAGCAGACAGCCAGAAUAACCAAGUGGCUUCGUAAAAAGCAUAUCAAGGCUCUGGAGGGGCCUUGCCAGUCUCCAGACCUAAACCCAAUUGAAAAUCUUAGGUGGAAGCUCAAACUUUGUGUUUCUUAGUUACAGUCUAGAAACCUGAUUGAUCUAGAGUGAAAAAUUCCUGCUGCAGUGUGUGAGAAACCUGGUGAAAAGUUACAGAAAACGUUUGACCUCUGUUAUUGUAAACAAAGACUACUGUACUGUAGACGUCAUCAUGAUAUUGAUGGGACACAUUGUCCAGACACUGUGCCACGCCUUCGAGUAGGGGGCUGUCCCACACUCCGCUUUAGUCGGGCGAAGUCCGUGACGGUUAUUCUCACACAUGUAGCGAUCGAACACCGGAUUUAGGUUGAAAAAGUACAAAAGUUGUACCGCAUACAAACAGGAAGGAUUGUCUUAGGAGUGAUUUGUUCGAGGAUUCAAGGUAAAUAUUAUACUUUUCAUACCAUGCAUGCAUUUUGAAACGUGAGAAAAAAUAAUGGGAGAAAUUAACCGCUACGGCAUUGGUGUCAUAAUUCGCAAUACAUACGUAAAAUAAAUGCUAACUGCGCGUUUUUUUUUUUUUUGCUUUUAACUAAGAAUCAACUGUUUUACGUUCAUAUCUAUAAAGAAUUCAGGGAUUCAAGCAUUUAUUCACGAUAAUUUUCAAUGUAAAAAGCUUUGUGUUUCCACUCGGUCGGCUUUGACGGAGAUAGGCCCCCUAUUAAUCGGUCCCGCGGCCGUCAAUAUAUUAUGAAGUCUAUGACUGUACCAAAUAUUGACAUUAUUUUUUGUUCGUGUAUUGAAAUACUUAUUUGCAGCAGUAUAAUGCAAAUGUUUUUUUAAAAAAAUCGUAGACUGUGAUUUCUGGAUUAUUUUUUUAAGAUUGUCUCUCACAGUGGACAGGCACCCACCAUGAACAUUUGAAACUGACCGAUCAUUUCUAAGUAGAACAUGCAAAAUUGCAGGCUGUUCAAAUACUUAUUUUCCUCACCACUUUGGUCCCACUAGGAUGGCCUUAAUAUGGAUAUCAAGAAGAUAAAAUACCCAAAGCAAUUCGCCAUACUCGAUAUACAUUUGGUGUUGGUAAAAUACCCAAAGCAAUUCGCCAUACUCGAUAUACAUUUGGUGUUGGUAAAUGGUGUUACACUUAUAUAGCGCUUUUCCACCUUUCAAGGCGCUCAAAGCGCUUUACACUAUCUCACCAUCCACCUACUGGUCAAGCAGCACCAGGAGCAACGUCGGGUUCAGUGUCUUGCUCAAGGACACUUAGACGUGUUCAUCAGGGCGGAGAAUCGAACCCGCAACCUCUGGGUUGGGGGACAAUUACUCUACCACUGAGCCACGCCACCCCACAUUUACAAGUUUUGAUUAGCGUUUGCUUUUCCCCCCUCCUUUUGUAUGACGAUACAGAAAAUUUCUCAUUUAUUUCAAGUUGAGAAAAAAAAUUGGUCACAAAAUGGCUGGUAACAUGUUAGUCAAAACUAUUUUAAAGCACCACUGUAAUAGUGUUAAAAACAUUACUGUAAGGAAAAAGCCUAAUAGUUGCAUCAACCUUUAGGUGUAUCAAAUUAUUGUUUUUUCAUUGCAUUUCCCUUGCAUGAGUACUUCAGACCCAUCCACAAACAGACGAAAAAAACAAAGUUGAAUAAGAACAUCUGUGUUCCUUCCAUAUUGGGGGGAAAAAGUCACAGCAUUUAAGCAUUCAAUGCUUUGUUUAUUGAAAAUGAGUGACAUUCUUCACAAUACAAAAUGAUACAGGAUACACACUGUAUACCACAUCCAGUUUAAAAAAAGGAAGUACUAAAAAAAGAAAAAGGCUUUUCAUUAUUUUGAAAAUCUUGUUUUCAAGGGGGAGUUGGGAUUUUAGAAAGGGGAGGCGAUGACACAAUUAAGGCACAGCCGGCAUCUGAGUAGCAUAGUGCAUAUGUUACAUUGAUAAAAGAAGAGAGGUUAUGAAGGAGCAUCUCGCUAGUAACUAGCGAUAUGGCUUUUUUAAACAGAGUGCUUUCACCACUGCAACCUCAAGCAACCCAAGUGCAAAAAAAACCCCCCAAGACAAAACACGAAUGAGGUCACAGAACAGUCUCAAGAGGAUGUUAACCAGGAUGAAAAAGGGGCAACAUUCCUCUCAAGGGUGAGCAGGGAGACUCGGGAUCAGGAUUUGUGGGUAGCUGAGGGCGAGGAGGACGAGGAGGGUGUUCCUUCCAGGCUUGGCAGUGGAAUCGGCAUGUGUCCAUUGAUUAGGCUGGGGAACUGCGGAGGAAGAGAAAGGUGGGCCCACAGUUAGGAAGGGGGGAGAAGAAGGUGGGGACGGAAGCGCUGUGAAAGGCUCGCUUUCCGGUGAGGAACCGCGGCAUUGUCACAGCUCGAACUUCCUGUUAUUUGUUCAUUGUGCCUCUUCCUGUUCGUCUCUGUCCCCCCGCCCGCGCCACUGUUUUGUCAAAUGGCCUUCUCUAUUUACAACCUAAUGCAAACAAUUGGUUCAUGAAAUUAAAUUCAUUUCGUAAAACAAGUCCAUCGUUUCGCAAACCAUUCUAGAGUAUUUUGACUGAUCAAUUGAAUAUUGUGUUCUGCAACAAAACAAAUACAGAAAAAGUCUCCUUUUCAAGGAUAAAAAGGUUUUUUUUCUAGCCUUGUCCUUUCUUUGGUAGUAGAAGGCAUUGGCUAAACCCCUUGAUAGAUUUUCAUUCCAAUUCCAAUGUGCCAAAUUAUUAAGUGGUAAAUAUUGCUUCUUUUGUAGUCAAGCACAACUGAUUUUGCAGGAGAAAAAAAAAAAAGAUUUGGACAUUCACUGCCACUGACAAUUACAUCAAUAGCCUUUACUCAAUUUGAGCCUGGGAAAAACCCUAUUUCAACAAUGACAUUUUAAAUUUGCCUUGAGACAGCCUUUUUUAUGACAACAGCAUUCUUCUGUCUACUUAUAGGUCUGUCUAAGCAAAACUUGUUUUUGAUAAGUUCAACGAUUCAAAAACCAGCUGUCUUGAUUUUAAAUGUAAUCAGGAAAUCUCAUAGUGGAUUUUAUUUUAUUUUGGGGGGAUAUUUAACAGGGUUUCUCCAGGUAUCAGCAAAUCUCAUUUAACGCCUUUUAAUGCUACUUUAAACAGACUUAACUGCAGUUUCACACACAAACACAAAUUCUAAGUAGAGAUGGCUGAUAGCUGAUAUCCAGAUAUUGCCCAACUCCCAAAAUCAGAUACCGGGAAUGCGGUCGUAGACUUAACAUACCGUAAUUUUUGCACUACUACAAGGCGUACCUGACUAUAAGCCGCCACCCACCAAACUUGACGCGAAAAUGACAUUUGUUCAUUGAAAAGCCGCAGCGGUCCCCACUAAGCCUGUCGCAAUAUGCAAUAAUUCCAUUUAUCGCACGAUAAAUAAAAACGAAGGCGUUAAUUUUUACGCUGCGAUUUAUCGCCUCGCGUGCACGUGCGUGCAGCAAACGUGCUGUUAAAAGUUCGGAUUCCUUGUUACCAACUGCGCAAAAUGCAUCUUCCUUCCAGGACCGGCGAAAAAUAGCGCCGGAGCCAAUCGUUCCCAUUAUAUCCUAUUGUUCAACGUAUACUGGCCGCGCCAGUCGUCCGAAUUGACUGCGGACCAUCUCCGGCGUGCCGGUGUUGUUGACGUGUGGGCGCUCCCGUCAGGGGUGACAUUUCACGCGGGGCGGCUAUUUUUCGGCACAACACCAGAUAUUUGAGUGGCAAAUUAAGAGCGCUGUGCAUCAAACUCGUCCUGUUUAUGAAAGUCGAUUGUCAUAUGCUGGUGUUGUGCAGUAAUGAGCAGAUGUGACUUCUGUGGCGUUUGCUAACUUUUUUAAUGAUGCGCACUCACUAGAUAUCAUGAAAUAGCAAACUAGAUGAGCUACGUCCCAUGCCAUUGGCUACGUGAGCCCAGAGUGAUUAUGGGACACGUAGUCCAUGUACUACAUCAAUGAAUUAUUAACCGCCAUGACUGAAUGGAAGUUAAGAAGGCCAAAUCAAUCCAUACCAGUGACUAUAGAUAAUGCUGCAAAUAUUGUUAAUUCAGUACGUGACACAGAUGGAUUCAGACCACAAAUAGGAUGUCUUGCUCAUGUAGUAAACCUAGCUGCUAAGAGAGCAGUAGCAAUCAGCAGUGUGCCCCGCCUCACUUUACAAACAGUAAAGAUUGUUUUCAGCACUUAUACUAAAUUUCUUUAGAUCAGUAAGAAGUAAACACAUAGAUAUUAUACACUAAAAUGCAUGUUUAUAUGAUGGCAAUUUAAUUUUUGCUCGUUUGCAAAAGGAAAAAAAAAAAAAAAAAAAAAGAAACAAAAAAUAGUUAUUAUUUUUUUUCCAGAGCAUUAAAUGUAUUGAAUCGUUGUAUCCCUAUGGAACACCAUUGCAGAAGCUAUGAGGGGGAAAGUUUUCAUUUGCCUAAAUGCUUAAGUUAUUAACUGCAAUUGUAUUUUUUUUGUUUUGAAAAACACAUUUUAUUUAUUCAGUAUUUCUGUGCGGUAUUAAUAUUGUUGUGUUUUACUUAAGAGGCAUGGUCUAUUGUUUUUAGUUGUGAUUUCUUAUCGCGUUUAAAUGGGUGUACUUGAUCUAUUAAUAUAUACUGUAUUCUCACAGUGUUAUUGUAAAUUGGUUUUAAAAAAUUGGGGGUGGGGGGGGGCAAUCAUUUAUUAAAUAAAUUAUCGCACAAUAAAAUUUGUUAUCGCGACAGGCCUAGUCCCGUCUGUAUUUUGGGAUAUUCACACCAAAAGAUAUUAACCAGUAACACUUUAUUUGAAGGGGCAUAAUACGACUGUUAUAAGACCAAAUGAACCACCAUGAAACUUUGAACCAAAUGGCUGCAAAGCUACAUUGCUUCAUUUGGCCAUCACUGCUCCCUUGGAGGAGACUGUCUACACUGUUGUUGUCCAACAUGCCUCCUAGCAUGCAUUGCAGCGAUACUGAUGUAAAUAACAAUCAAAAUUCAUGUUCUGUGCUAAUUAUUUCUUCAGUUACUGUUCUAGUUGUUUCAUUAAUUGAUAGUUAUGAUAUUUGGUAACACUUUAUUUGACAGUGACACCAUAAGACAAUCAAUUAUGACAUGACAGUGUCAUGAGCAUUAAUGAAUGCUUAUAACAGAUGUCAUUUCGUGUUAUCCGGCAAAUUAUUUCACUUUUGAAUGGACGUAAAAGAUCCGAGCUGGACAGAAAUGGAUUUGGUGACAUAAUGUGCUGGAUGACACUUAAUGACAUCUGUCAUAAGCAUUCAGUAAUGCCUAUGAUAGUGUCAGGUGAUAAUUAUGACGUUCUUAUAGCAGUCUUAUGACACCUCUGUCAAAUAAACUGUUACCUAUUAACCCAAAUAAAUCAACAAUAUAAGCCGCAGGAUUCAAAAUGAAGGAAAAAAUUAGCGUCUUAUAGUCCGAAAAUUACGGUAUUAUGGCUAAUUGUAUUGUGAUGCUCCACUGGAUACUUUAAUAAUGAUAAAUGUAACAAUUUCAAGGUUUUCCGAUAAACACUCUGAACAAUAAGGCAACAACUUGAACUGGAGUAACGGAGAAAGUGCCUAUAUUGCACCACUAUAUUUAUUGUAGAAAUCAAAAUAGUGCAAACAUCAGUUUUCUUGGAUUAAGUGCAAGAGCAAAAUGCCACUAAGGCAUUGCCAUAUCACAUAUGGCUCACACAGUGCUUCCUGCUCAAAAUAGCAACAAAGGCACACAGCUUCAGUACAGUGAAUGAGGUAUGUAAUGAGUUUAUAAUUCAUUAUUUUUCAAUCAUUUAAUUUUUGCACCAUGAGUGCAAAUGGUAUGCUGACAUAACAAAUCCUAAGCAUCUUGGUAAAGAGACAUCUAAUGGUCAAUUAGCAUAACUGCUGCUGUGCUAGGCUGUGACCAGCCCUUGAACAAAGGUAGAAGACGUCUGCUUUGAUUCUGAAGGCAACGUGAAUAUUGACCCCAAACUGAUCAUUAAAAACAGAUGUCAAUAUUAUCUGAUAUCAUUUAAAAAUAUUUUUAUCGGCUAGCUGAUCAUUUAUUAGAGUUGUCAAAUAUUUUGUGAAAAAAGUUUCUUUAAAAGGUUCGUUCUUUCUGUCAGGUUUGCAUAAUUUUUAAUACCUUGAAUAUUUAGGGUAACGCUUUUUAAGGCCUGAAUUUUGACAAAAUCCAUUUAAUGGCUUUUAAUGCUUUUUAAUGACCCGAAUGAAACCUGUUUAAUCUUGAACUGCUCUACAUAGUCAAAGGGCUCAAGGGAAGUUUUUUUUUUCUACAACUGGGACAUACUAGAAUUGGAUUGAGUCACACAUAAAGUCUCAGGUACCAAACGUAUGGUCGCCACAGGAGAGUCCGGUGUGGGGCGCGGCGUGCAAGUGUGCUUGCGUGCAUAUGCGACGAGCGAGGAUCCGCUCUUAAAACCAGUUUACCCUGUUCAGGCUGGUUAGCUCCCCCGGGUUCAAACAGGAAGUAUUCACAGGAUUUCCUCUCCCGCACUACAGUGCUGAAACCGGACACCCACCAUACCCCCACUUGCCGGACCUGCUCGCUAGGUCUGAUUAAUCGCACAACUGUGCUUGUGUGUUGCGGCAACUCAAAAACAUCUUAAAUUCUUUUGUGGUCAGUUUGCCUCUGACCAGCUCAAUCUGACAGGAAUACUUUCACAUCAGCAAAACGAGAUGUUCAUGUCAUACUCACAUUCCCUUUAAGCUGUAAAUGUAGCUCAGUCUUUUUACUCCCGGUGUUUUGUAUAGAGAGACAAUUCCCUCAGAAAUGGAAAAUUAAAAUAUAAAUGGCGGAAAACACUCAGGUGACUUGAAGUUCUGCUCGGAGACCCCCAAUUUGGCCAAAUUUCAAAAUUGUCAGAUAUGUAUGUGUGAUACAUCAUUGGAAAGCUUAAAAUCUCAGUUCUGGGGGAAGAAAAAUUUUGGGCAAGAGGGCAUUUAAAAAAAAAAAGUUUUUUAAACAGCAAAACCCUAUCCGCUGGUGAGAGCACGCGAGAGCAGAAUUACAGACGCCAUGACUUUAACGAGAUAUUAUCGCGUACUUACCUUGUUUCGAUCCAAAAACUCCAUGUCGCAUGUAUCACUGAGUGUCAAGACACAGCUGUGAAUGGCCACAGCUGGAUUUUUUGGGGAUUUUAUGGGUGAAACAUGGUAAUAUAACAAGGGUGGCGAUGCAGAAAUCGCAGACAUCAAGGAGUGGUCGAGAUUUUCUUUUUCCUAUAUUUACCCUUUUAAAAGUUUUUUUUUUUUUUUCUUUCUUUGGAUUGAUUAUUUAUCAUCUAACAUAUCGGGGAAAAGCGACAGUAACAAAAAAAUACAAUUUAGCAAUAGUUAUGAGGUACAUAUUAGGGGUGCAACGGUUCAGUUAGCCCACGGUUCGGUUUGAACCUCGGUUUUGGGAUUACGGUUUCGGUUCGGCCGGAUAAACUGCCUUUAUUUUGCUUUUAAGAAAAUGAAAUAAACACUUAAAAUAUAAACAUGUUCGACUGUUAAAAUGCCUCUUAGCUCUUUGGCUAGUUUAGUGACUGACUACUGAAAUACACACACAGUAGUAAAAAAGUUACUUGGCAAAGUAACUGGUGUUACCUUUCAUGUUUUUUUUUUCUUCAUGCCCCCCCCCCCCAAAAAAAACAAAAUAAAAACAUUGUAACCUUUGCUAUGUUUGGAGGUCAUUUAAUGUUCUAAAUCAACCGUUAAAGUUGAUAAAAUUGCUCCCGUUUUUGCAUUAGUUCCCUUCUGUCUACUUUUGACAUGUGAAAAUUUUAAAACUGUUUCAUCAUUUAAAGAUAGACUCAAGUCAAGAUUUUGCCGAUUUAGGAGUAUUUUAGAUAAAAAGUUACUUAGGUUCACGAGGAAGGUUCACGACAACCGAGCCUUUCUGAGAAGUUUACUGCUCUAAAAUGGCGGCUGUUUAGUAACGCUAACGAGUGUCAUUUCGCAUGUAGUUCUAUAUGCAUGAGAUAUCUAGGCGUAGGUUGUAGGCUGUCGGCUACAGACAGGAAAUAUUGGAGCCACCUAGCCUAACAUCGCGUUUGCUACAGCGUCACAACAAACACUCUUCCCUCUCUGUGCCUCUGACUUUUCUCGCGUCAUUCAACCAACGUAUUAACGAACGGAGGAAAAAAAACGUAAUGCACGAAAAACGUACAGAAUUUGAACAUAACGUACGGCGUACAUAUUCAAAAAUCGGUGCUCACUUGUACAAAUUACGCCGAGACCGUACAACUUUAAAGGUAUGAAUUAUAGUGGACCGUCAGUUAGGUAGUAGCACUCUGUAGCACGGGACGUCCAACUAUCAGCGGUGAGGGUGAAACUAUGUGCUUUCGCGAAAUCAUCUUCGAUGGCUUUGCGUGCAAUUUCAUAAAUGUCGGGGAUUAUGUUGUUGGCGAAAUAUGUCCGCAAGGGAAGAAUAUAACGCGGGUCAAGCGUUGCAGUUAAAUUAACGAAGCCCGCCGUGUGUUUUCACUUGUGUCAUCUCCGGGGUUGUCCUGCUCUGAGAAAGUGAUAUCUGUGGGUGAUGCCGGCUGAGGUGCCAGAGUCAUGUUAUAAAUGUUGCCAUUAGCAUAGGGAACAAGCGCUGAGUAAUGCUAGCAUUUUUUUUUUCUUUCAAUAUUUUCUCUCCCUCCGCAUUGUAGUCCACGGGGAAAUGUUGCCACACCACAGAUUUGAAAGAAGCCAGUGCUUCCUCAAAAUUCAGUCUCUCCACUCCUCCGCUCGCCAUAGCUUUUUGCUUUCUUUCUUGUUUCACUUUCACUUCACUCGUAACCGAGAGAGAGCGUUACUCGGCUUCUAUUACACAGGUGCUUGACAGCGAUCGGACAUUUACUUGCGGCGGGGCGGGAAUUUCUCCACAGCUGUGCUUCACGUCACACACAGGCACACAGAGCUCGACCAAUUCAUUCCACAAGCGUUCGGAAUAAAUUAAUUGCAAAACCGAAAAGGCGCGGUUUAUAAAGUCGUAUUGAACCGUACAGGGCAAACCGUACGGUUCGGCUUUGAACCGCAAACCGUUGCACCCCUAGUAGAUAUCCAUGACUUUUUUACAGAUGCCAUUUUUUUUUCAUUGUGACGUAAUUUGUUUAAAAGUUUAAAAUAUGCGAGUGAAUAAUUUUUUCAGGUUGGUUUUUUUUUUCUUUUUAAACAAAAUAUUAGACAUCAAUUAAUGAUUCUAAGCUAAAAAUGACAGACAUUUUGAAUAAUAAGUAUAAUUAUUUACCUUGUUUUCAUGGCUGGGUUGAAACAAAGACGGUUGCGCGACGUCUGUAAACGGGGGUUUCCAGGGUAAAACGGGCAAAUUAAAAAAUAGUUCAGGGGCAUAUAGACAUAUUGUUCUAUCAAACACAACAGUUGUUUUGGCUUAAAAUACAGCAGUUUCUUUUAAAGAGGAGUGCAAGAGCAGACACUGCUUUUUCAGUCUUGUCUGUGUUUUCCGCCAUAUAACAUUUUCUCAAACCAGAACAAAUUUGUGAAUAUUGUCGCAGCUCUCGUCAGACCACAAAGUGGGGAGUGUGCGUUUGGAGGUUGGCCCCUUGAAUCACCCGUAAGUGUGCGCUGGUAUGGGAAUAGUUAGCCAGCUAAUGAGCAUUAAAUAAGACGGUUAAGCACGCAAUAAAGCUUGACAGUGUGACAAUGACUCUGUCCUUGUGUUGCUGUUUAGUUCUUACACUGUUGGAAGUUUGCCAACUUGGGCCAUGUCUCCGCAACAGACUUAGCAUUACCUACCAAUAUGUUCAAAACUUCCACCCAAUGAUGCUAAAUUCACAGCAAAAAAACAACAACUAGACCAGCAUCCUGGUAAAAGUAAGCUAUUUUCAACUUGAAUAGAGAAUAUGCCCUCCAUGUAGCCAACGGUAUUUUAAAAGCUCCUGAUCUCACUCUGUCAUUUGGCUAAUUUGGGAAGGGGAGCUUAAAUUUGGCUGAGGUGAAUGAUAGGAUGGCUGCUAAUAGGCAUGUGCCGGUAUGAUAACCUUAAGCCAAAAUAUCAGUUUCACGGUAUUGCAAUUAUUACUCUAAAAUAUGUUACUUUGAGAUAUCUGGGUUUAAAAAACAAAACAAAACAAAAAAAAAAAACCUUUUCGUUUGAACAGGAUUUUUAUUUUUCAAAAACAUAUUAGCAAAUUAGAACAUAAGUGGAGCUUAUGGAGUUAACUCUCGUAGCUGGUGGGAAACGUUUAUGACAGUGUUUACUACCCUUUAAUUUUGUAUGAAUGCAGAAUCAUAUUUGGAGGUAUUUGGCAGCCACCCUCUGCAAACAUGUUUUACAUGUCAGUUGGUCCUCCAACUAAGACGCAACCGUCUGUAACUUUUCUGUCGCCGAAGUAUUCACAUACCAGCGAUUUUGUUUUCUUCGAUGGGGGGAAAAAGUUCAGGAGUUUCACCUCCUCCAGCUAUUGUGUAGCACAGCUGACUCAAAGCCACUGAGCGACAACCGGUGGGGAAGGGUUGAGCCUUGCAGCUGCAAGCAAGGGCUUUCUCCAUGACUUUUUGAGACAAAAACUAGCUAAUGCCAAUGGACGCUAUGAAGGAUAAUUUUAGUGGUUUAAAACCUUGACGUUUUCAUACCACGGUAUACCUCGAAACCGGUAAUCGGCACAUGUCUAGUUGCUAAUGACAGUAGCAGAAAAGGAGGAGCCACUUUCUGGUCGCGUUUUAUGCGCUGAUCAUAGACCAGGGGUGGGCAAACUAUUCCACAAAGGUCCACAGAGGUGCUGGCUUUCAUUGCAACCCAUCAAAAGGACAAAUUUUCACGAAUCUGGUGUCUUACAAGUGCAAUCAGUCGAUUGCACUCAAGUGGUUCUUGUUUCCCCGGACCCUUCAAUGGUUCAACUGCCUGUGCUAGUUCAGUUGUAACAAAGACCAGGACCCACUGCAGCCCUUGAGGACCGGUUUGCCCACCCCUGCCAUAGACUGUGAAGACGAACUGAACAUGGGGACACAGACGUCACCCAUAGCAUUCGCCUGUUCCCCAUUUGAAGCUAGCUUUUUACUGGUCCGGGCGCCAACAUGACAGCUGACAUGUUUUCUUUUUGGCAGUGUUGUUUUCGUCAACGAUGACCAUAACGAAAAUAUUUCUUUAACGAACAAUUUUUUUCAUGAAAAUGACAUCACAAUGACGCGCUGAAAUGUCUUGGGAGGCUAAAGCAUAAUGAGAUGGAUGCCAGUUGUCGUCUGACAACACGAGAACGUGGUUUCCGUCAUAAUUUUAAAAUGUGUGAUAUUUUCUUAUUGUAUAUGUUGUUAGAACACAUUUAGCAGUGUUUGUUUGUGUCACUCAUGUGACGUGCUUUGCCCCCCCGCCCCACACACAGGUUUACCCACCGUAAGCCUGUGCUCAUUCCAGGCUCAUUUUGUGAAACAUACUGUAUGUGUCAAGUGCUGCUUGGUAAGUUUUGCUUUAUUAUCUUGGCAAGCUAUGUCAUGUUGCUUUAGCCUUUACAUGUCUGUACUGAGUGAUCAUCACACACUAAACUAACUUGUAGCGUUAGUACAGCGUUCGCGUUAGCAUUAGCAUUUAGCGCAGUGACUCGGUCUAUUUUUAAACUCUUGGAAAACAUUUUACAUACAGUUCGUGGCAUCCAGAUGAGUUUUAUUUAUUGCAAACAUUGUGCUGUUUUCCUGCUGAGUGUGAAUUCUCAUCAUGAAAAUGGUGAUUUCCUUGUAGACACUACAGUUAUGUGCUCGUCUGUCAUGUUAAUUCGAAAUUGUUAAAAACAUUUUAUUUAUUUAUUUAUUUGUUUAUUUAUUCAUGGACUAAAACAUUUUGAGAAUUGUGGACUAAAACUAGACAAAGACGAACACAUUUUGAAAUGACUAAAAUAUGACUAAUAAGACUAAUAAGGAUUUUCGUCCAAAAGACUAAGACGAAAAUUAAAAUGGCUGCCAAAAACAACACCGCUUCUCGGUAUUCGUGAAGCCCAUAUUUAGGAAAUUUAGCCAGUACGCAUUCUUUUAAUCAGUCUAUGGCCAGGAACCACGACUGGGUAGAUUCAUAGAGAUUCAGAAAUGAAAGUGGCCCCCCCAUCCUUUCAUUUUUUUUUUUUUUAAAAGUGACACCAUAGAAUACAAAAUAUUAUUUAUUUAUUUUACUGUGACAAGUUGUAAAAACUGGUAGCCUUUUGUACAGGAUU